AUGGCACUUCUCAAGAAACCCCUAAUCCUUCAAAUUGAACUUCCUGACCAAACAAUCGAAAACCAGAAAAUAUUUACCACUUCUUUUACUAAACCUUCAAUCACAAACGUCAGAGUUGAUUCUCAAGAAGUUGCUUUCCAGUCCGAUCUUGAGAAACUUCAGGUUCUUGGCUCUGGUAGUGAAGGAAUUGUUUACAAAGUACGUGACAAGCAAACAUCAAUGUUGUACGCUUUAAAAGUUUUCCGGGGAUGUCAUCCUGCAGAUAAAGAGAUUGAAAUCCUUCGUUCAAUGAACUCUCCUUCAAUUGUAGGAUGCCGCGGCAUUUUCGAGGAGAGCAUAGGUGAAUUAGGGAUUCUUCUGGAGUACAUGGAUGGCGGCUCGCUUGAUAAUCUUGUGAAAACCAAGGGUUCGUUCCCUGAAAAAACUGUCGCCAUCAUAGCUUUCCAAGUACUCACUGGACUUGAUUAUCUGCAUGCAAGAAAAAUCGUUCAUUGUGACAUCAAACCAGCAAACCUUUUAGUUGAUAAGCAGAUGAAUGUGAAGAUUGCAGACUUUGGAGUUAGUAGUAAGGUUACUGGUUCAGAAGAUUCAUGCAAAACCUACGCAGGUACCUGUGCUUACAUGAGCCCGGAAAGAUUUGAUCCCCAUACCUAUGGUUGCAAUCCCUUUGCGGGUGAUGUAUGGAGCUUGGGUUUGACCUUAAUGGAGUUGUAUAUUGGACAUUAUCCAUACCUGAAGCCUGGAGAGAAAGCAGAAUCAACGGCUCUCAUGUUUGAAAUAUGCAUGGAAGAACCUCCAAGAUUACCAGAUCUUGCAUCAGAAAGUUUUCAAGACUUCAUCCAAUGUUGCUUGCAGAAGGAAUUGGAUAAGAGGUGGAGUGUUUCCCAGUUGUUGGGUCAUCCCUUUGUAUUGAGUGGAAGGUCCUUGGCUUUGGCAGCACAGGGCAUCUUUGAGGAAACCAUAGGUGAGGUUGGGAUUCUUUUUGAGUACAUGGAUGCUGGCUCACUGGAUAAUCUUUUCAAAACCAAUGGUUCACUCACUGAAGACAUUAUCGGGAGCAUAGCUUUCCAAGCACUCACUGGACUUGAUCAUCUACAUGCAAGAAAAAUUGUUCAUUGUGACAUCAAGCCACGGAGCUGUAUAUUUGAUAUUCCAUACUUGAAGCCUGGACAGAAAGCAGAAUCAACAGCCCUCAUGUCUGAGAUAAGCAUGGAAGAACCUCCAAGCUUAUUAGACCAUGCAUCAUAA